AUGACGCUCGGAUUAAUUAAUCUUGUCAAGAAAACUUCAGUGCAAUGUAUUCAAUUUUAUUUUCAAUAUCGACAUACAUUUAUAAAGCCUGGAUACUUAUUGGCACAGCGCAAAACCAAGCCAGAAUUCAGACAGCAGCUAACAAGCUUCUACUUCCGUUAAUAUGCUGCAUAGAAGGAAUGGGGGGUACUAUUAUAGCCAUAUAAUACGUUGGAAACAACAACAAAUGACGUGUAACGAAAUCCGAGAUCUAUGUAUUCCAAAACAUACUGUCGGGAAAGUCUGCGUUAUCAGUCGAUGACAAAUUCAAAUAAAUGCUUAGUGAUCACUUUGCCAUUUUGUCGAUUGAUACGCAGGAUUCCCAGCUACAAAUCAGGAUAAUCUGUUACUAUGCAACAUAAUCAUUAAUGUUUCACAUGUGCCUGUAGGCAGAGCAAAAUAAAAUUAUAACAAGCUGUUCCAACUACUAAGAGAAAAAAAAAAUAGACAACUUUACUAGACAUAGAGCUGUGUCCGGAAAUAUAGAAGACAUUGGACUUUCAGAAAUUUAGAAAUGUACCAUUGUCACUUAAAUGUUGAGCAAAACAUAACGCGUGGGACAACGUUGAAUAUUUGUCUGUCUGUGAAAUUAAGAAGUGAUAUGAGUAUACUCCAGAUGGGUUUUUUUUCUUUCAGUCUCCAGGCUAAAAGAACAGAACCAGUUUGAAAUUCUUCGAUUCAUAAACAUAUCAUGGGUUACUGACCAACCAUUUAGGUCAAUUGAUUUUGUUUCAAAAAUACACGAUAACCUUUGAAGUCAUGGCUAUAAUAAUUUGCUAAUUCGUUUGAAAAAUCCGUGGAGUUUUCUUUGUCUCUAUACUUCCUCCGGCUCAAGCUGGUAAUAGAAUGUGAUGGUGAAUACGUCUCCAGAUCCCGGAUAAUUAAGGUAAAAAAAACUAUUUCAGAUUGCUGCUCAAUAAAGCUUCUACGUUAUUGCCGUAGUGGAGAAAUCUUAUUUAAUGGAAUAUUAGAAUGCACAACAAAUUAUGGUGUUCAUUAAGAUGUUGGGGUAUGCAUUUUAGUGAUAAACAUUGGGCCGUGUAUUUGCAAUGCUCGAUGGCCGUCAGUGCGUGGAAUCUUUAGGUCAUGAGAAACGGCGAAAUAAACAGCAAUUUUUUUAAAAAAACUCUUUUCGCAGACAUUUAUUUCAUAUUAUUAAAUAAUAAUAUUUCAGAUGUGUGCUCGAGCAACAAACAUUGUCCUUACUUUAACAGCGUUCAUUUGUUAUGUUUGGACUACAAACUCACAAGUGAAAAUGUUGACUUUACUGGCAAACGGUCUAGCUAUAGUGUACUUUCCUAAAGUGUCCUCUUUUCCUGAUUUGUACUUCCCCGAUUAUUAUUGGUGAUUUAUUUCCUUGCAGUUGAAGUGCAAUCCGGAACGAUAUUUUUUUUUAACCGAGAAAUCUUUUGACCUGGAAUAUACAUUUUUAAAAAGUUCUCCCAUAUUUCUGAUAACUGACUGUAUAUUUUUUUUCUUAUUCUGGACUUAGAAGGUAAUAAUAGCAAUCGCCGCUGAUUGCAGUGAUGGACAUUUUAUUUAUAAACUCUCACCAUGUUUGUGUCUGGUAAAAAUCGGCUUCAGACAUAUUUUAAUAGAGGAAAGAUCCGAAUUCACACCGCAAUCUAGAGCGCUUCCCGAAACAUCUAUCGUCCUUUCGUUGUAGGUAUGCACAGGAGACAUGGAAGCAUACAGAUCGUGCAGUCUUUUUCCAGUAAGUAUAGUUCUUUUAACGAGCGAGGAGCGAAGGUAGUGCAAUAACUUCCUGAUAAGCGUUUCUGCUGGUGUGAAGCCUGUCUGUUCAGCACAGAGAUUGGGACAUGCCAGAGGAGACUCCAGAGAUCAAAAGAAAACAACAUUUCCGAAUAGCAGAGCAAACAGUUCCUAAAAUAUCCCAGACGGAAAGGCAGAAACAUGUUUUUAUUGUAAUAAUCCUUUACUAUUAACACACCAGGUGCAUACUUCCUAGACUGUCUAGCUGCUGUAAAUGCUGGCUGUGCUUUCCUACGCCUAACCCUGACAAAAUAUGCCUAUUAAUGUGGAACAUAAAAGCAACUGAUCCGCUCGAGAGGAACGAAAACCCUAGACACAGUAACUGGUCAAUAUGCCCGGACAUUGUGGACAACAGCUUCGGAGACAAGUUCUGUGAUCUAACGAGAGGAUUGGGAAAGAGCGAGCGAGAGAGAGAGAGAGAAAAAAGUUGUAAAACAGAAGGCGGAAACGAUACCCGGGAUUCAUCACACAUCUUAUUCUCAACAAUGUUGGAAUCAUACCUGCGUUCCUAAACAUGUAAAUGGCACAGUGGCUUGGGAAAGAAAUUAACAGAAGACAUUGACCUUUUAAGGUGACACAGUCUAUCGACACUUCCAAUAUUAAAAGAUUGUGUGCGAUUUUUGUACAAUAUCUUUUUGAAAAUAGUCGAAUACAUGCUAUUUACCACCUGUGAUGUGGAAUGCUAUUGGGUGACGGGAUCACAUGGCCAGGUCACGUGAAUAGAAAUAAGUCGGGCCGAAGGAAAAUGGGUGCUUGGUGUAAAUCGGGGGUGUAAUGCUACCAUUUAUCACGCUAUCUCGUAAAACCGACACUGAAGAGUCCUGGCCAACAAAUCACCAGACAAAAUUAUGAGUUCGUCGUAUUAUGUGAAUGCUCUUUUUCCCAAAUAUACGGCGGGGACAUCCGUUUUCCAGAACGCGAGUGGCUUUACAGAAGCAACUUCUUGCGCUUUUGCUACCAACUCACAAAGAUCCAGCUAUGGAGCGGGCGCCAGCGCCUUCCCAGCCCCGAUGGCCGGCCUGUACAAUGUUAACAGUGCAAUCUAUCACGGCCCUUCCAUGUACAACACAGGUUAUAACUUAAAUUCCGAUUCCUACAACCUGCGCUGCUCUGCCUUAGACCAGAACAUUCCAGUUCUUUGCAGCGAUCUGAGCAAACAGGGUUGCGAAAAAUUGGAUCAGACAAACGUGCACCCUCAAGCAGAGAGCAAUUUCCGGAUUUACCCCUGGAUGAGGAAUGCAGGCCCGGACAGAAAAAGAGGGCGACAGACCUAUACCCGUUACCAGACGCUGGAACUGGAGAAAGAAUUUCACUUCAAUCGCUAUCUGACUCGCAGACGACGGAUCGAAAUCGCCCACGCUCUGUGUCUGACUGAGAGGCAGAUCAAAAUCUGGUUCCAGAACAGGAGGAUGAAAUGGAAAAAAGAAACCAAAGCUGGGAGCUCUAGCACCACGACCGAGGAAAAGCAGGAAUGAGACUCCCACCAAAAUCUUGAACUAUGCGAAGAAAGUUGCUCUGUCGCCGCGAAACCAUGACAUUUGACUAGCUAACCACAAUCGUGGACUAUUUCAGAAAUGGUGUGCGCUAGCGCUCAUGAUACUACCUAUGUGUUUUAAUAACCUCUUUCGAAAUCAUGUCUUUAAAAAUUAAAGUUCGCUGAUUUAGAUUUCAUCUUUUCAAAAAAUAAAUCAAAAUCUUUAUUGGCAUUAGUAGAGAGCUAAGAAUUGAGUCCAGAAUCCAUGUUUUCAGUAACAAAAGGAAAGUGGAAGGACUGAGAACAAUUGUCUGCAAAUGUUACAAGGCAGGCAGUCAAAUUGAAAUGCUUGAUUUCUCAAGUUUUAAUUGAGAAUCUCUGCCCGCAAUAUUACAAGGAACGCGAAAGAAAUUCGAAAUCCUUCUUCUCUAUUGUUAAAAUGAAAUGAAUUGAAUUUGGAUUCUGAAUCUGCCAUAGUGCAAUUAUCGGGAUACAUUAGCCGAUAAAACUAAAUGUGACCAUUGCUCUAACCUAUGUAAUGCAAAAUUCAAAUGUCAUUGCGUGUUUUAAAAUAUAUCUCAUGCACUGAACUACUUCUCAAACUUACUUUACUUCUGUUAAUGUCUUCUUCACGUGUUUUGAAAUAUUCUUGCACAGUAUUCACAAAACAAAAAUACCCGUGAUAAUAGAUAGUCGACCCCAGCCCAAUCAGAGACCAAGUUCUUGAGCCACUCUAACAUACAUAGCAAGAAUGGCCAGAAGGCUAACUAGUCGAAUAAAGUAGUUUAUUUCUAUUCAAAUUUUCGUUCUUAUUAUUUUUUACAUUACUUCUCAAUUAAUCUCUGAGUGUGCCACUAUACACCGAGAUGUACCGUUCUAUUAACAAAAUGAAGAAGAUUUGUCUUUUCGCAUAAGCAAUGAAAUGUAACUACCUAGACCACAAUAGUGGACAUCUUGCACGUCUUUGGAAACUACCUAAAUGUUCGAAUUAAAUAUUCGUUUCUUGACAGAGAGUGUUCUUGAAGUCUAGACUUUUCACACUUCUCUAAACAGUACCCAUUAUAUGAGAACAAAAAUGUGAAUAAUAUUCCGAUGUAUGUUUUUUUUUUAAAUGAGGUGCAUAUAUAGCCACUUUAUAACACAACAUAAUGAUAACUACCUAGAUACCGGUUUACAUUUGACGCGGAUGGAGUUGUUUCGUACUGUGCUUAAAUACUAUAAUGUAAAAAUAAACAGUAAAACAAGUUAUAUAUGAAUGGGGGAAAUUGCUAUAUUUCUCUCUGAUUGAUGGCAUUAAAAUAUAUACCUGCUAAAGAUUUCAAGCAACCAUGUAUCAUUGAAUGAUGUAAUUGUCUUUCUUUUAAGUUUGUUGUGUCAGUUGUCUUAUACAUGUGUACUGUCUAAAUUAUAAACAUUUUAAAAAACUGUAACCAAAUGUAAUAAUAGAAAUUUCGAGCAGCAUCGUCGACUAGAUAUAUUGUGGUUCCAUAUUCAGUAUGGUAUCUGUCAAUGGAAAGUUUGCUUUGUAAUAUGUGUAUGUGUUGUUAAAUAAUAUCUGAUGUUAAAGGUUUAAGGUGCAAUCUAUUUAAAAUGCAUAUAUUCGUUCCAGUCUUGUAUACUUUGAAUGGAGUCUCUGUAGACAAACAAAAAUGAGAAACAUUAAACGGUGCUUGAAUAAA